AUGGCAGACGUUGAGAUGACGGAAGCAAGGUUGGACACAGCAGAGGGAAGCAUAUCAUCUGAAUACGUGGAGUUCUGGAUCGACCUGUUUUUAGGACGCAAGGGACACGAAUACUUUUGUGAUGUGGAUACGGACUAUAUCACUGACCGGUUUAACCUCAUCAACCUGCAAAAGACCGUUAACAAGUUCACUCAAGUUAUCCAGUACAUCGUGGAUGAGCUGGACGAUGGCGUCCUGGAGCAGAUGUCCAGCGCACGGCUGGAGCAGCUGGAGCACGACGCCCGCAAGUUGUAUGGCUUGAUUCACGCACGGUACGUGAUUACGAUCAAGGGUCUUCAAAAGAUGCUGCAGAAAUACAAGGAGGCAGACUUUGGACGGUGUCCGCGCGUUUACUGCAACUUCCAACCGCUGCUGCCCGUAGGGCUGCAUGACACGCCGGGCGUGGACUGCGUAAAACUUUACUGCCCAUGUUGCGAGGAUCUCUACAUUCCCAAGUCUUCACGGCACAGCGCUAUUGACGGUGCGUAUUUUGGCACCAGUUUCCCAGGGAUGUUUCUUCAGGCGUUCCCGGAGAUGGUGCCGCCUCGCCCUGUGAAGCGGUACGUGCCCCGUAUUUUUGGCUUCGAACUUCACAAGCAGGCGCAGGUCGCACGCUGGCAAGAGCUACAGCGUCGCAAGUUAGUGCAUUCGCUGGAGCAGCGCGGCAUUGACGGGGGCUGGAAGUAG